CCGGCCGCUGGCAUUGUGUGAAAUAGAAAGUAAAGACAGGGGGCGCUGUGCAGGCCAAGUACAUGGCAUGCGUGUAUGUGUGCACAGGAGAAGAAAAACAAGGAAAUGGUGGAGGGAGAGCCUGCUAGUUUUCCCAUGUAAGCGCCGGUAGCCCGCUCGGGGGGGCGCGCAUUGAUGGGUUAAACAGCGGCUGGCCGUGGAGGAUGGAUUACGAGUUCAAGAGCAAGCUGUCUGCCGAGCGAGAGCGGGUGGAGGACCUCUUUGAGUAUGAAGGCUGCAAAGUGGGUCGUGGAACGUACGGGCAUGUUUACAAAGCGAAGAAGAAAGACGGAAAAGAUGACAAAGAAUAUGCACUGAAGCAAAUUGAAGGUACAGGAAUAUCCAUGUCAGCGUGUAGAGAGAUUGCACUGUUACGUGAAUUGAAGCACCCAAAUGUAAUUGCAUUACAGAAAGUAUUCCUGUCUCACAGUGACAGAAAAGUUUGGCUACUCUUUGAUUAUGCAGAACAUGACUUGUGGCAUAUCAUCAAGUUUCAUCGUGCCUCCAAAGCAAAUAAGAAGCCCAUGCAGCUGCCUCGAUCAAUGGUCAAGUCUUUGCUUUAUCAAAUCUUGGAUGGAAUCCAUUAUUUGCAUGCAAACUGGGUGCUCCAUCGAGACUUGUGUCACAGGGAAGGGAAACCCGGAAGACGGAUGUCGGCAUCGGCUGGAGGACACAGCGAGAGGACAUCAGGGGAUUGUAAGGACAAGAAGCCAGCAAACAUCCUUGUAAUGGGGGAAGGUCCUGAGAGAGGAAGAGUCAAAAUAGCUGACAUGGGCUUUGCUCGAUUAUUCAAUUCACCAUUGAAACCACUAGCAGAUCUGGAUCCAGUUGUGGUUACAUUUUGGUACAGAGCUCCAGAGUUGUUGCUUGGUGCAAGACAUUAUACUAAGGCUAUAGAUAUUUGGGCUAUUGGUUGUAUAUUUGCUGAGUUGUUAACAUCAGAGCCUAUUUUUCAUUGUCGGCAAGAAGAUAUAAAAACAAGUAACCCAUUCCACCAUGAUCAGCUGGACCGAAUAUUCAGUGUGAUGGGAUUCCCUGCAGAUAAAGACUGGGAAGAUAUCAGAAAGAUGCCAGAAUAUCCUACUCUUCAGAAAGAUUUCAGGAGAACAACAUAUGCUAACAGCAGCCUGAUAAAGUAUAUGGAGAAGCACAAGGUUAAACCUGACAGUAAGGUUUUUCUUUUGCUUCAAAAACUUCUUACCAUGGACCCAACAAAAAGGAUAACUUCAGAUCAGUCUUUACAAGAUCUCUACUUUCAGGAGGAUCCUCUGCCUACAUCUGAUGUAUUUGCAGGGUGCCAGAUACCAUAUCCAAAACGUGAAUUUUUAAAUGAAGAUGAGCCAGAAGAAAAGGCUGAAAAGAAUCAACAGGCACAAAAUCAGCACCAGCAACAAACAGCAAAUCAACAGCAGACAACUGCUCAGCAGCAGCAAGUGCAGCAACAGAACAGCAGCCAGACCAAUGGUACAGCAGGAGGAGGAGCAACAGGGGCAACACUUCAGCAUAGCCAGGAUUCCAGUCUUAACGCAGGACCUGCAAACAAGAAACCACGCAUUGGGCCUUCAGCAGCUAAUUCUGGUGGACCCUCUCUGAUGCCUUCUGACUAUCAGCACUCCACAUCUCGUCUGGGUUACCAAAGCAAUGUUCAGGGAACCUCUCAGCCCACCAAUACCUUGGGCUACUCCACAACAUCUCAGCAAAGUUCACAAUACCAUCAAUCUCACAGAAAUAUAAGAAAAAUAUCAAUGAGCCUGCAUCAGGAAUGGUGAUAUGAAUGCAGGACCCAACUCAGGAGUGGCUGAAGUAAAUUAAACGGAGCAUCAUCACCCAAGGUUAAGAAAAGGGUUCUGUAAAGCCUAGAACCUGCAUGUAAAAUACGGAUUUGGUUUAUACAUACACAGUCAAAGUAAUCACACCUCUGUAUAAAUCAUCAUACUUUAAAUGCCCCCAUGCUUUUCUUUUCCACAAUGUUGAAUUGGAAGAUUUUAUAUUUGAAAAAAAAUUGGGAUAAAUCUUUUCCUUCAUAAUUUCCUAAUGUAAAUGAAAACAUUCUCCAGCCUCCACUCUCCAGAAGACUGUUAUAGAUAGAAUUAUUUUGUGUUUAUUUUGUAUUUUUGUUUGAAAUAAAAUGUAUUUGAUUUUAUACACA